AUGCCAAAGACUGAGGCUGAUUUAGCUUUACAUUCCUCGUUGAUUUUUUCAGGUGGAUCUAGACCUCUUUUUGGUGAUUUUCUUGUAACAGUUGCAACUCUGUUUUAUGCAUUGAGUAAUGUUGGUGAGGAGUUCUGUGUCAAACAGAAAGACAUUGUUGAAGUUAUUUCAAUGCUUGGUGUCUUUGGAAUGCUGGUGAGCAUAUGUCAGAUUAUACUAUUUGAAAGGCACAAUUUGGAAGCAAUUGAGUGGUCUACGGAUAUUAUACUAGUAUUUGCUGGAUUUGCAGUAGGAACUUGUUUAUUCUACAGCCUUGUUCCUUUAAUUUUUAAGCUAAGUGGAGCUACAUUGUUCAAUCUAUCUAUACUUACAUCUGAUAUGUGGGCAGUUGUCAUCCGCAUACUAUUUUAUCACGAGGAGGUUAAUUGGCUAUUUUAUGUUUCUUUCGCAAUCGUGGUUGUGGGACUAGUCAUCUACUGCAAAACUGAGAACAAAUCCAAACCAAUAGAAGCUGAUAUGGAUGGGCAUUCGAGUAUACAAUAUGAAGUUCUUGGUGAAGAAAGCAUAGUGUCAAGAGACGGUUCAUUUAGAGCAUGAGAGGUGGAAAAUGAAUCUAAAGGGCCUUAACCAAGCUGUAGUACCCUACUGAGUAUACAUUACUUCUUGUCCAUGUUCAUUACAUAAUACAUAUGUUGUGACUAUAUUGUUUUUUUUUUUAAACAAACUUAGCUCAACUUAUUAACAAACUAAAUGCUGACUCGGAUAAGUGGUUAUUUAUAACAACUUUGCUGACUCAGCUGAACUUUGUUCAUAGCCUGUAAAUUGUUGCUGGACCUUGAGUUGGGCUUGACGUUGUUUUAUUGCAAAAGCUGA